GUGCCUCUUGUGAUGAUGAUGAUGAUGAUGAUGAUGAUGAUGAUGGGGGAGUGGCCUACCCUCCCAGAUGCGGAGUGGACACACAACUCCUGGACAAGAGUGUACAAGUGGGAGUGGACACACAACUCCUGGACAAGAGUGUACAAGUGGGAGUGGACACACAACUCCUGGACAAGAGUGUACAAGUGGGAGUGGACACACAACUCCUGGACAAGAGUGUACAAGUGGGAGUGGACACACAACUCCUGGACAAGAGUGUACAAGUGGGAGUGGACACACAACUCCUGGACAAGAGUGUACAAGUGGGAGUGGACACACAACUCCUGGACAAGAGUGUACAAGUGGGAGUGGACACACAACUCCUGGACAAGAGUGGACAAGUGGGAGUGGACACACAACUCCUGGACAAGAGUGUACAAGUGGGAGUGGACACACAACUCCUGGACAAGAGUGUACAAGUGGGAGUGGACACACAACUCCUGGACAAGAGUGUACAAGUGGGAAUGGACACACAACUCCACAGAAGGCAGCCUGCAAGGUCGCUUCUCAGGACAGGACAAGAAGUGUGUGAGGAGCAAAGUGGACAUGAAGCAAGAAGAGGAAGAAGAGAAGGAGAAGAAAGAUGUGUGUGAGAGAAGACCAGGUUGGACGCCAUGUUUCUUCCAGAGAGCUGACAGAGAGAAGUACUUUUAUGUUGGACAUGACAUCGUGGUCCAGGAGGCCUUGGACUCUUAUGCUGCCAUGACCUGGCCUGCGGCGCUGGCUCUGUGUGACUACCUGGACUCUAACCAGCAGCGAGUGAGUCUGCAGGACAAGAUGGUGUUGGAGAUCGGGGCAGGAACUGGUCUACUGUCCAUUGUGGCCUCACUGCUGGGAGCCUGGGUGACGGCCACAGACCUCCCAGAGGUUUUGGGCAACCUGCGUUUCAACCUGAGCAAGAACACCAGGGGGCGCUGCAGACACCCGCCCCAGGUGGCCCCCCUGUCCUGGGGGGAGGAGCUGGAGCGCAGCUACCCCGCCUCCAUCCAGCACUACGACUACAUCCUGGCCUCCGACGUGGUCUACCACCACCACUUCCUGGACCAGCUGCUGGCCACCAUGAAGCACUUCUGCCAGCCGGGCACCAGCCUCAUCUGGGCCAACAAGGUGCGGGUGCAGUCCGACCUGGUCUUCGUGGACAGCUUCCAGAAGACCUUUCAGACCGAGCUUCUGGUGGAGGAUGGAGAGAUGAGGAUCUUCAUGGCCACCUGCAGGGGGGAGGGGCCGGCCAGGGGAGGGAGGCGGUUGCCGUGACAACAAGGAUGGCGAAUCUGAGGCCGAGUCAUAAUCAGGACUUUUUAGCUCAUAUUUAGCACUUUUGAUCUCUAAUUAUCACUUUUUAUCUCCUAAAUGAGUUUUUAAUCUCCUAAUCAUGACUUUUUAUCUCAUAUUCAUCACUUUUAAAUCUCCUGACUUUUUCAUCUUCUAAUUAUGACUUUUGAAUCUCAUAAUUAUGACUUUUCCCUCAUAUCAAUAACUUUUUAUCUCAUAAUUAUGACUUUAUCCUAUAAUUGUGACUUUUUAUUUCUUAAUUCUGACUUUUUAUCUUAUUUGAUACUUUUUAUGUCCUAGUUCUGACUUUAUCUCAUAAUUAUGAUUUUUUACUUCCUAUUUAUGACUUUAUCUCAUAUUUAUGACUUUUUAUCUCAUAGUUAUGACUUUUUAUCCAAUAAUUCUGACUUUUUUUCUUAUUUAUGACUUUUUAUCUCCUAGUUCUGACUUUUAUUUCAUAAUUAUGACUUUUUACCUCCAAAUUAUAACUUUUUAUCUCAUUAUAAAGUUAUUUCAUGGUAAAGUAAAAUAAAAAUACAUAUAUAUAUAUAUAUAUAUAUAUAUAUAUAUAUAUACAUAUACAUAUUUUUUGCCAGGAACUUUUAAAAGUAAAUUUAAGAUAAAAUGGAAGCCUAUGGAAUAAUUUUUAUAUCUCACAAUUUCGACUUUUGUGUUUUGAGAUUUUUAUAUAAAUUGGGAUUCAUUUUGCUUGAAUGAUUUAUUUUUUAUUCAUGAAGAAAGUCAGAAGAGCUUUUUCAAAAAAGUGUCAGGUUUUUUUUUUUUCUGCUUUCUUUUUUUCAAACCAAAGAAAACACCACCAGUGUCAUUUAUUUAUAUAAGAAGAUGUGGAUCGGAUUAAUUUAUUUGCAAUUAUUCUGAAAUAUUUGCUAUAUUUUUUUAUUAAAUCUAAUUUCAUAAUUUUUAAUGUAAACAUUCCACAUGGUGGCGCCGUAUUAUCAUACUUUGGCAGUGACCGUGUAGCAUUUCAGAAAUAUAGGAACAAAUACACAAAUAAUACAUAAGAAUAAAAUGCAAUUGAUAUAAAAAGUAAAACUACAACAAAUAUGACAUAAUAAAAAUGGUACUAGCACACUCUGUGUGUGUACACUAAAACUACAUUUUAGAAUAAUGAACCUGAAAGUUGAUUACCAAAAAAAAAUGUUUUAAAAAUUACAAUCUAAUUUUUUUUUUAAAUAUACAUAUAUACUUUUUUCCAAAUUUAUUUUUUUUUACUUUAUAUAAUGCAUAAAAUACAUAUAUGUAAUGUAUGUAUGCGUCUUUAUACACACACAUAUAUAUAUAUAUACAUAUAUAUAUAUAUAUAUAUAUAUAUAUACACACACAUAUAUGCAUAUAUAUGGGAAUCAGUUAUCCUUCACUUAAAAGACUCAAAUGACUUGAUUCGUUCAGCUCUAAAAUGUAAUUCUGCAUACAAAAUGCAUCAGAAAGUCUUCAGUUUCAUCAAAAGAGAAACAAUGUUUAAGUUUGUCAGCACAAAUUGAGGAUUCUGCUUCCCAACAUGACAUCAAAAUAAAUAUUCACUUUCUUGAAAAAGA